UGACCCAAUUUAAGCAAUUUUAAAUCAACACAAGAUCUACAUGUAUUUAUUUAUUUUAAAGAACUCCACUCUGAGGAACAAAAACUGAAAUAAUAAAACUGAUAAUUCUUAAGCAGAUCAGCAGGGAUACUUAUAACUGAAAUACAAAUUUAAAUAAAAAAUCAUGGCACAUUCCAGGAUAGAUUUGGGUGCUUCAUUUACACAGGACUCUGAUGAAGUUCAAGAAAUGUUUUGUGAACAUUGUGAUAAACAUGACAAGCAAUAUGUUCCUGCUGAGGGAUUUUGUGAGGAAUGUUUUGAGUACUUGUGUGGAACAUGUGUGAAGUUCCAUAAAAGAUACAUGGUCUCCCAUACCAUCAAGGAUAAGGAUAACAUGCCACAGGAUUUCUGUCUAGAGAAAUGUUCUGUUCAUCAAGAUGAAUUAGUCAAGUUCUACUGCCAAGCUUGUAAGAAAUUUGCCUGUACUGACUGCAAGACACAAGACCAUGGGAACUGUAGUAUGGUCAGUCAUUUGCCAGCUCUUGUUCCAGGGAUUGAAAACAGCCAAGAAAUUAAAGAACUUAAUGAAAAUCUUGAUAAGUUAAUGAAAGAUUUGGAACAUACAGAAAAACAUGUGAACAAAAACAUGAAAUAUGUCGCUUCACAAGAAACAAAAAUAUUAGAUAUGGUCAUGAAAAAAAAGAAAGAAAUAUUGUCAGUAUUUGAAAAUCAUCAGAAAGAAAUAAUUCAAAACUUUGAGAAGGAAAUUGAAGAAACCUUACAAAAACUUAAAGAAGAGAAAAAAGAGAAAAUUAACAAAUUACAAGAAAAUCAAAGGAAAUUAGAAAAGUUAUUAAAUGAUGAGGAAAAUGAAAUUAAGAGAAAAAUUGAAAUCAUAAAAAAGAAUGACAAGAAAGUUUUGCAGACAAUCAUUGAAGAAACCACAAAAAUGAAAACAAAACUAAACAGCAUAGCAACAGAGUUGGUGCAUCAUCAAGGUACAGAUCAAAGAUGUCAACUGUUUAUUGCUAUGAAAAAGGGGCAGGAAAUCACUGAUCAAUUGAAACCAGAUGCAGAUAAACAAUGUAAGAACAAUUCAAUUCAUUAUUACAAAGUAGAAUGCAAAGCUUUGGAACAAAAUGCUACCAAUUUACAAGACUGUCACAAAUUUUUCACCUAUCAAGAAAUACAUAAAUCUGAAGUACCAAGAACUGCAAGUUAUUACACAGAUAUUAAAUUCACAUCUGACUCCUGGUCAUCUUUAUGUUUAUUAACUGAAAAAUGUCUUCUGGUUUCUUAUUUUAAUUCUAGUACUCUAAUCAUAUUCAAGGAUUUGACAGUCAGCACUUCAUCAUAUGAUACAAUAGACCUUUCUUCCAAACCUUGGGCUGUUGCUAAAGUUGACAAUAACAAAGUUGCUAUCACAUUUCCUUAUCUUAGAAUAAUAAGACUGAUAACAUUUUCUAAGUCUAUGACAGUUACCAAUACUGAAGAUAUAGAAGUAGGAAAAAGGUGUCAUGGUGUUGCCUAUAGUAACAACAAGCUUAUAGUGUCAUACAUAGACUAUCUAGCAACAGUGAAGAUACUUGACAUGUCUGGUAAAGUACUGAAAAUAUUUGAUAAAGAUCAACAUGGGAAAUAUCUGUUUGUUAAUCCUUAUUUUUUAACAAUCAGUGCAGACAACACAGUUAUAUAUGUAUCUGACUAUAAUAAAAGCUGUGUGAUAGGUUUAACCUUUGAUGGGAAAGUCAAGGCCAUUUACAAGGUUGACCAGUUGAAGAUGCCAUGUCAACUGACUGUUGAUAGGUCUGGGGCAGUGUUUGUAGGUGGACAUUGGUCAUACAAUAUACAUCAAUUAUCAACUGACCUGACCAAGGUGAAGAUUCUACUGGAUGAAGAACAAGGAAUAAAUGGACCAGUGGGUGUGGCAUACUGCCAGAAUAAAAACAGAUUGUAUGUGAGUCAAUUUGCUGGUAACAUUAAAGUGUAUGAUUUAUCUCUGGAAUAAACUAUUCUAUUUCUUCCACUUCUUGAAACUUACACUAUAAAAUGCUUCAGGACGCUAGCCUUUUACAGGGCAAAUCAUGCAACACAUUGGAUUAACAAAAUUGAUUCAUUAUUUACAAAAUAUAAAUGAUUAAGAACACUAAUAACAUACUAUUGAAAAAAUUAAUAAUGUCAAGUCUGCUUCGACUCCAUUCAAAUGUUACAAAUUUAGCUUUAUAAUUUUAUAAAGGUGUCCAUUUCUAUGUAUAUAACAAAACGAAAUUUAAAAGGAAGUGUUAACACUUACAUAAAGCAAUAUUUAUAUAA